UCACAUCGCAUAGUGUGUGGGGAUAUGCACGCAUAACCACACGCAACACGUGGUCAGACAGUUGGAGUGAAACGGCGGGAGAAAUUUGGACGUCCUGUGGUUUUGUGUCCUAUUGUCUUGUGUAAAGACUUCAUUUCACUCGCUUUAAAUAUGGCUGAAAUCACACCCGGUAAGAAACUAGCAGAGGGCAAGACCAAGAUCAUCUAUGAGCUGCCCAACAAUCAGGUGCUGUUGCAGUCCAAAGACCGCAUCUCGGCCCACAAUGCCCUGCGCACCAAUGACCUGGAAGGCAAGGCGGCCAUCUCCAAUAACACCGCCUGCAAGGUGUUUGAGUACCUGACCAAAAUUGGCGUCAAGAACCACUUUGUGAAGAAGCACAGCGAGACCGGCUUCUCUGCCAUCAACUGUGCCAUGGUGCCCAUCGAGUGGGUGACGAGACGUGUCGCCACGGGAUCCUUCCUCAAACGCAACCAGGGAGUGGAGGAGGGAUACCGAUUCGCACCAGUCAAGCUGGAGUUCUUCUACAAGGACGAUGCGGCAGGUGAUCCCCAGUGGUCCAGGGAGCAGAUCAUCGAGGCCAAGAUGAACUGCGGAGGGGUGGUCAUCGGUCCCCACGAGGUGGACAUCAUGAGCAAGAUGACCGUGGUCAUCUUUGAGGUCUUGGAGAGGGCCUGGAGCUCCAUGGACUGCUCCCUCAUCGACAUGAAGAUUGAGUUUGGCAUCAGUGCUGAGAACGGUGAGAUCCUUUUAGCGGACAUCAUAGACAGUGAUUCCUGGCGUCUAUGGCCCCAGGGCGAUCGCCGUCUCAUGAAGGACAAGCAGGUGUAUCGAGACUUCAAGGAAGUGACCGACGAAGGCUUGCAACAGGUCAAGCGCAACUUCCAAUGGGUGGCAGAUCGACUGGAUUCCUUCAUCCCUCCCCCUAAGGGCCAAGCCGUAGUCAUCAUGGGCUCGCCCAGCGACAUGGCCCACGGGGAGAAGAUACGGGACAUGUGUCGCACCUUUGGCUUCCCCUGUCACCUACGGGUCAGCUCCGCCCACAAAGGGACCGACGAGACAUUGAACAUAGUGGCGCAGUACGAAGCUACUGGGACACCCACGGUCUUCAUCGCGGUAGCCGGUCGCAGUAACGGCCUGGGCCCUGUCCUGUCUGGUAACACCUCCUUCCCUGUCAUCAACUGCCCUCCCGUCAAGGCUGAGUGGGGACCCCAGGACAUCUGGUCUUCACUUCGCCUGCCUUCAGGUCUUGGCUGCAGCACCGUCAUGUCACCAGACGGAGCGGCUUGGUGCGCAGCCCAGAUGCUGUCCCUGACGGAUCACGUGAUCUGGAGCACCGUCCGCGCCCGACAGAUGAACACCUGGCUGGGGCUCAAGGCAUCCGACAAGAAACUCCAGGCCACCGACAGAAACUAAACCGCCCAGUACACGUUGGAUAGAUUGAUUGCAUUCAGCAACCAUCUUUGAGCUGUGUUUUGUUUUGUUAGUUCAUUAACAAUGAAUGCACGCGAGGCCUACACUCAUGCGUAUCCCUGUUGAACAAAAGGACACACCUCAAACAUGGCUGCAGUGCAAAUGAUCUAUUGCCAGUAACAAUGCACAAAGUUUUCACCUGUCAUAAGAUUCCAUAGGCACGGGGAACUAUGAUCACCACUCGUUUCGUUUCAGACUGGCACUCCAGAGUUGUGCCAAACCAGAUUAUGUCGAAAUUGGAAUGAAGUUUGAUGUUGUGUAACUAUAUAAGGAGAGAUUACAUGUCCAAGAUUGACUGUUGAUGUCAAAAUCACAUUCCAUGGAAAUUAUAACCUAAUAUUGAAUUGGGUAACUUGUGUCGCUGUCGGUCAGGGGUGUCGUUGAGUCCAUCACAAGUCCAGUCACAAGUAACAGUGGAUAAACAACAACCAAGGAAUGCCGUUGUCAGUGUUCAUUUGAGUAUCUUGUGGGUUGAAAUGGGACUAGAGGACUUAUGAUGGACUUGCAGGGACUUGUGUUGGACCCCAAUGCAUCUCUGCUCUCAAUUCACUUUUGGACUCCAAGAAGCCAGCCUGAAGGUUUCCGGAAGAUUCCUAGCAAAAGUACUAAGGGAAGUAGGAUUAAUGUAUAUCUCUUGCGUAAUUGUGAACUGUGUUCAUUCUUUGCAUUUAUUAUGGGUUUGCACAGAUUUUGGACUCUUUUUGUGCACGGCUUCGAAGAUUCAGUAUUAAUUAAUUUUGGUGCGCGACUUUGAUUAAGUGCUCUAAUUUAGUUGGUUUAAAGUUUUUACAUUUCAGGUCUAUCCAGUUAGUAAGCAGUUUGGAGCAGUUGAAUUUUUUUUCAGAAUGCCGUCUUGUAUAUUUUUUGGAAGUCAAACCUCAAAAUGCAAGACCAUUCAAUCUGGUCAAUGACGUGUACAGAGUCAGUGACCUGUGUAGUUGUGUACAGACGGCCGAUGCUGUCCCACGAUGCCAUGCAGCACAAAGUCUGCAUGUUUUGACACAAUUUUGUUCUAGCUUUUUUAGUUCCCUUUGCCUAUGGAAGCAGCUAUCUGUAAUUAAAUUUUUCUCCUAGUAUUUCACUGAAAUUAAACAUGAAUAUAAUAUUCACUGAUAAUUUAGUUACUGUAUUCCAUACUUCGCAGUUUGUUGCUUUAAUUUUGACAUGUAAUAUGUAAUAUUCAUGUAGAAUUUUCAUUAUAUUUUGCAUACAUGUAUUGUAAAGUGCACUUGUUCCAGUAUGUUGAAUUUUCUAGACAGGGUAAGUUUGGUGAUGACCUAUCUGUGAAAAACUACAUUAACAAUAUUUAAUCUUGUUUGAAAUAAGUUAAGUUUGAAGUAGCCUUCAGUUGCAUUUGAUGUUUUUCUUCAGAGCUGUCGUAAAUAUGUUCAUUUUUGAAAUCACAGAACUUGAUUUGAUCAGGUAAAGCGAUUGGUUGAGGUGGAUUCAGGAUUGGUGAAAUUAUUGGGCAAACAGUGAAAAUGCUCUUCAAAAUGGCUUUUGUAACUUUCGACAGUAACUAUUAAGACUCUGAAAUAAAGUUAGUACAUGUACUUGC